AAAGCACAAUUAACGUCUUUGUUGAACCUAAUCUUCUGGUGAACCUACAGAGAUGAAAAUUGACAUUCAUAGUCACAUUCUGCCCAAGGAGUUGCCUGAUUUAAAACAGAGAUAUGGCUAUGAUGGAUGGAUUCAUCUGGAGCAAAACUCUACGGAGGAAGCCAAAAUGAUGAAAGAUGGAAAAGUUUUCAGAGUUAUCCAAGAGAACUGUUGGGAUCCAGAGGUUCGGAUUAAACAGAUGGACCAGUCAGGGAGAAACGUAGAGAUUAACCACAAAGCCUGUUUUUGUUGGGAGGACUGGAUUUCAUUAAUUUAUGAGAGAAAGUUCAGCCAGCAAUGCGGACGGACUUCCAUCAAGCUCUUUCUGACUAAGCGACACGUUUAUCUUUUCUUCAAAGAAAAACGGAACUUAACAGGAGUCACUGUCCAAGCCCUUUCUACAGUUCCUGUCAUGUUUAGCUACUGGGCCAAACCACAUGACACUCUAGACCUGUGCCAAUUUUUAAAUGAUGAUUUGGCCACUACCGUAAAAAAGUACCCAGAGAGGUUCAUUGGCCUUGGUACCAUCCCCAUGCAAGCUCCAGACCUGGCUGUGAAGGAAAUAUAUCGCUGUGUGAAUGAGCUUGGAUUUCCUGGUGUGCAGAUAGGAUCUCAUAUCAACGACUGGGAUUUGAAUGCCCCAGAGCUCUUUCCUGUCUAUGCUGCUGCUGAACAAUUAAACUGCUGCCUCUUUGUGCAUCCUUGGGACAUGCAGUCAGAUGGAAGAAUGUCUAAAUACUGGCUUCCCUGGCUUGUAGGCAUGCCCACAGAAACAACCAUUGCUAUUUGCUCCAUGAUUAUGGGAGGGGUGUUUGAAAUCUUUCCUAAGCUGAGAGUUUGCUUUGCCCAUGGAGGUGGUUCUUUUCCUUAUACAUUAGGGCGUAUUGCCCAUGGAUUCAAUGUGCGACCUGACUUGUGUGCAGUGGAUAAUAACAUUGAUCCAAAGAAAUACCUUGGUUCAUUCUACACAGAUUCACUUGUUCAUGAUGCACGUGCACUGAAGAUGCUGACAGAUGUAAUAGGAAAGGACAAGGUUUUGUUGGGAACAGAUUAUCCAUUUCCACUUGGGGAACAUGAACCAGGAAAACUGAUCGACUCUAUGGAUGAGUUUGAUGAUGAACUAAAGGAUAAGCUCAAGUUUAACAAUGCGCUUGCAUUUUUGGGUCUUGACAGAAAGCAGUUUGAAUAACACUGGAACCGUGUUAGGUCUUUAUGUGUAAUUAUGUAUCUACAUCCUUAUCUAUAUGCAUUCCCAUGAAAAUUCCAAAUAAAUGUAUGUAUAAUAUUUAUUGCUUAACUCUGAAAUCUUCUUUGUGAAAGCUAAGCCUUUAAACUGGCUACACAGAUUUGAGAGAUUUCCUUGUUAUCUGCAGAAUCAGUGGUUUGUUGUAGCUGUGGAUGUUUUGGGACUUUCCAUAGUAGCAUUUGAAAUGGCCAGAUCUGAUUGCAGGGAACAUUCUUAUUACAUGGAACUGCAGCUCAAAAAUUGGGGAUCUUGACCUUUGCUCCAUGCUGAUCUCUGCCUCCCCCACCAUCAGAUCACAUGUCAUGUAUGAGUACUCUGUGCAUGAAAGCGUGAGCUCUUGUAGGUAACUAUUUACAGUAACAGAAGGCUCCACUUGGAAGCGGAACUGGAUAAAUAUAUUCAGCUGUGCUCCUGACCAAAGACAUAGUACGGAAACUAUCAUGCCCUAUGUUUAAAGAAUUAGAUAUUUGCUUACAAAUAUGUGAAGAAGGGCCACAUAUGUUCUAUUCAUGCCCAGCAUAUGAAAUUAGAAUAUCCCUGGCUCUUUUUCACACAAUGAAUGGUGAAAAUUUCCAUGUUUUUAUUUGAAACAUAUAAGUAAAUGUAUUAGCUUCUUUGUGUUCAAGUCUGUUGUUUCAUAGCCAUUCAUUAAAUGCUUUCUAACUAGUUUCAUGAAGACUACUGUAUCUGUCCCUUUCAAAUGCUAUUCUGCGGUUGACCCUAACAAUAUGUAGAUUACAACCUCUUGAAUCAAAUGUAAAGAGACAGACAGAACAGCUAGACAAUUCUGUGUAAAGCUUAAGAUAAGGUGACCAGUCACAACAGCAAUGACUGCUGAUAGUCAUCCUAGUAUUGCUAAGUUAAUUAACACCUGUGGUGAGACAGGAAACCAUUAUCUUGACUCACAACUAAAAUAGAUAUAAUCAAACUCAUUGAUAAGUUCUAGUUUACCAGUUUUGUGUUGGAGUCUCCUUUUGACAUUCCUUUUAUUUCCCUUUAUUCCUGCAUUGAGCAGGGGGUUGGACUUGAUGGCCUUAUAGUCCCAUUCCAACUCUACUAUUCUAUGAGUGUGCAGAUGUCUUGGUAGUCAGAUUCCUACUCUGCCAGAGAACCUAAGAGACAAUUUAAUGAAUAGCAGUGUGGAAUGGUGUGAGGGAAAGAGAUCUGAACAAAAGGUAUAAAACACCAGUAAAUAUGCAUACACAUCAGGGCCCAGAAUAAAUGUUUUAACCAAUCAGUACCCUCUUCAAAUUGCACAUAAUGUUGGCAAAUUUCUUUGUCAUUCAUAUCCCUGUUCCUUUGCCCAGAACUUUCAUCUAGAUAUUUACAUUGCUGCUUUGGACACCUUGUCUUCUCCUCUCAGAGAGAAAAAUUAGAGUAACACAUAUAUCCCUUGCAGACCUCUCCUAUCCACUUUGUCUGAUGAAGUUUUUUAUUUAAAGAUCCUACAUUCCCUCAAUGUCACAAAUGUAACCCUUUCUCUGCUUUCCUUUCUUGAGGCCCAGCUGAUCAUAACCUACUCAAACUGUUGCUUAGCAACCUGGUAGGCACAGGGAUAAUAUCUUCAGAAAGAAAUUAAUUGUAGUCUGUUACAUACAUGCUGUUCAUACGAGCCUAUUCACAUUACCUGUCUUACUCCCAAGGAAGUGGACAUAGGAGAAAUACAGUAGUAAUAGCACAACAUGUCAACGCAACUGAAUAGAGCAUGUGUCUGCGUUAAUUGAGCAUGGCAUGACAGUUGGGAGAAGCUAUUUAAUUAGAUAUAUUUUUUGUUUAAACUUUUUUUUGUAUAGGCUAUCUUUUACUCUACUGUCUGUUUUCAGCAUCACCAUGUGAUGAUUUCAUGUGGUUUAAGUGCAUAGACACUUAUCAAAACACGUUCACUUGAAAUAUCUGUACAUCCUGUAUGUAAUUAUUCUGCCAUUUCUUGAUAAUGUGUAUACUGUGUAGUAUUACAGUGGUAACUUGUAUCUGUGACACAUUUCUUCAAUAAAGGUUGAGUAGGUGACAGGUCUUAAAAGGCUUUAUUAUUAGAUUUGUGGUAAGCCACCAUCUAUCCACCUCAUCUCCCAUCUGACAUGAGAUCAUAAUACAAAGUGGUUGUAACCACUCCUCUGGCUGCAGUAAAGUACUGUAACAUAUUACAUGACUGUCAAUAAAUCUCUGUCUCUCUCUG